AUGAUGAUUCGUGAAAGUAAUCUCUUUUCUUCUCUGCCACAAAGCUUUUUAGCAGCACUUUUGAUUGAACUUAAGACGGAUCAAACUUUUGAACUUGUUACGAACACUUUUGAACCGUUAUUACUAAAGCUUUCAUUUUUUCAAAAAAGCUUCCUUGGAAAGAGUUUUGCAGUGAGUAAAACUUUUAAUUUUAGUUUUAGUUCUGAUAUAUCUAGAAUAUUUAGCUAUAAUUUCAUUCUCCAAUCCUCAACAGUCCAUUACAAGAAAGAAGAUAGUUAA